UGAGCAUUAAUAGGUCACCAUGUGUAACUGAUGACUUUGCUUGAUACACAUGAAGUUUACAGAGCAUCUUGGUGCUCAUAUAACGCCGGAAUGGCGAAGCCAAUACAUAAGAUAUGAGGUACAACUAUUUCAUUAAUACCGUAUUUUUUGAUUGCUUCAAAGCUUAGCUUAGUUGAGAAAUUUUUGUUAUCUUACAGCCACAGUCAUCAUUUGUUUAUCACAACUGUCUAAAGUCUAGUUCUAAAGUUCCGGUAUAAUUGAAAAUAGUAGAUUUGGAGAACAAUGAUACGUGUAUUGAGAUUAUCCUAAAGAUAACUUACAUGACUUUUGUUAUGUUUUGUUGUUAGUAGCACAAGACUGAAUCAUUUGAAUCAUUCUUUAUGCCCACAUUAACAAAGGGAUGUUUUUCUUUGCCGACAACCUUGCCUAGUAGUGCAUGCAUAAAUUUCCCUUAGACGAUUGUAAUUUUGUUCACCGGUGCAGAAAUAAUUUCAAAUAAACAAGUUAGAAUAUCAACUGUUGAUUACGUUACUAGUAAGCAUAAAAGUGUUUUCGAAUUUCACACACACACAAAAAGACGUGAAUUUGAUGUGAUUGUAGAUGGUUCAAUAUUAUAUUCGGUUGAAUAGUUUUUCUCUUUCAUAUUUUACUCCCUGUUACACCUUAUCAUGAACAGAAACAGAGAAAUAUCAAGAUGUAAAACCUUAGUUAAAUUCGGCUUUAUUAGAUCAGCACGUCAUUUUGUGCUCAGUAAUGAGCUAAAAUUAGAAAAUAAGUAGGGAAUUUGCCUUAACCUGUAAACUUGCCUAUGUAUUUAUGACUCUGAUCUCACAGGUCUCUCUUACAUUCUGAAGAAGUACUUCACACUUUUUAUAAAGACCACAAAUUUUAAUCUGAGAAAUAUAUUCGGAUGUCUCACAUAUAUAUUAGUUGCCAAGUAAUUUGAAAAGAACUGUUUCCAUUAUUUUGUAAAAAUCUAGAGAAACUUACAUAAUGAACAAUAUUUACAUACACAAUAACGGAACAUAGAAAAGAAUAUAUAAAACUGAAACUAUCAGUGUAAGGUGGGCAUGUUAACUUGUUGACUGGAUUUUUCUUAUUUGGUGUGCACACCUUUCUUGAGUUUAAGCUGGGAUUCAUUGACUGCCUUCUUAACCAUUUGACUCCUAAAGUGUAUGAAGUUAAAUAAAUUUGUCAUGAGCAAAUAAGUGAGCAGAAAAGUCAUUUUGAAUGUAAUGCAUUAGAUUGAUUAGCUGAAGAAGUGCAGUUGUACAAAUUCCUAACUGCAUACUGAGAGAAAUUUUCAAUACUUGUACAGACGUGUGGAUGUCUCUUUGAUGAAACAUUAUCCUUUCUAUAAAAAAAAUGUUAGAUACACAUGCAUUUUUGGAAUGAUUUAUUCAUGGCAGUGUAUUGUGUUCCAGAAGAUUUCUAGUUUUAUGGGAGCAUGCAUAUUGCAAUAUGUCUAUUCAUAAGAUAGUUUUAAGAAGUUGUUUAAUGUGGUUAUUGAUAAGUGGGAGUUCUUAGUGAUAAUGUGAGAACUCAAUAAACAAGUCAUUUAGAUCUAGACCUGUGGUCCCAGUUGGGUUCCAUAGUGGGGGCUUACAUUUCAUCAGUUUCCUGUGGGGCUUCACAGGUUAAGUAAAGUGAAUUUGUCAUUUUGGUGUUUCAUUUUUUGUUCCAAAUUUAAGCAACUUAAGGAUGUACUUUAUGGUGGACUGGAAAAGCUGCCCCAGAAGGAUGGUAAGAAUGUAUUUCUGAGCCCAUUAAUGAUAUAAUUAUCACCAUUACAAUUUCCUCAAAUAUGAUUGGUGCAUCAGCUGCUCUAUAUUUCACUAAUCACUCUGUACAGUUGUAAUCGGAUAGUGUAAUUGGACAGUUGGCUGUAAAUUUUUUACUGUAGACAUUAUCCCUGAUGGAGAUGUUUGUCCUAAAUGUUUUUUUUUUUUUUUUUUUUUUUUAAUUAUAGUGGUUAUGAUUAAUUGGUAACAGAACUUCAUUUCAUCCAAUUCUGCCAGUAAUCAUAGGCAUGAUUGACAAAUUGGACUCCUGCUUCAAGGUUGUCUGAUUUUGUUAAUCACUCGUAUGAUUACAGACCAAAUUGAACUCCACUGGGUCCUAUUACCAUUAUUUAUCAAAACUAUAACAAAAUAAUAUUCUCAAACUUGAUUGGUUAUCACCAGCCUGAUUUGAGCACUAAUAGGACAGUGAACUUGUCAUGCUUGUUAUUGGAUGGUGUAAUAGCACAGUUAAAGGGACAGUUAACAUGUCAUGCCCCUGUAAGUGGACAGAAUGCUUCAUUUGCAUGUGCUGUUGUCUUGCAUUUUAUGAUAUUAUGAAAAUGUAUAACCAAUGUCCAGUUUCUAACUUGAAUUUUGUUGUAGUUUUGAUUAAUUGGUAACAGGGCUUUAUGUUGUCCAAUUCUGACCAUAAUCAUACUAGUGAUUAAAAAAUCAGUCUCCCUCUUCUCAGUUAUCCAAUUUUGUUAAUCACUUGUAUGAUUACAGACCAAAUUGGACUUGGCUUGCUCCUAUUACCAUUAUCAAUUGAUUAACUUUAAUAACUUUGUGAAUAUAAAGCUUGACCACAGGAUGUAAACCCAUGACCAUCUUGUUGUGGUAGUGUAGCACUCUAACCAACUGGGCUAUUAAAUCAACCUAGGGCUCAAGUGAUUAUGGGUUUGCAAUAUACUCUAUGAAAGUUUAAUAAUAUUUUAUGGCCAAAAUUUGAUACUCUUAGACCAUAAACUUUGUAUUUUGUUAUAAGAAACAUCAUCAACUGUAGUUAUAAUAGUUGAUGAUUCUGUUAAGCCUGAGUUUCUUACUUGGCUUUAUUUUCCAAACAACUAUAGUUGACAAUUUUAAAGAAGUAUUUGUUAAAAUGUGGUGUGUUACAUAACAUAUUUAUACUAAUAUCAAGUGUCUUUUUUCUUGCAGAAAACCCUGAUUCAGUUGUACAGGGCUAUUUUUCAUCAUUUGAAGAGCAGUGGUUUAGGUACUGUGAUGAAGAACUAGAAAAAAUUAAUACAUUCUUUGCAGGUAGGUACCUUCUUUAUAGCAUAUUAUAGUGUCCCUAGAUAAAUAUGGUGUAAAGAAAAUUAUGGAAUCAUGAAAUGAUAUUGUGGAGCAAACUUGAAAGUUGAAAUGCUUCGUACUCCUUGUGUUUAGCAGUUUUUCAGUGGAAGGGACAUUUUUCUCUACUUUGCUGUCUUACAUAUCUAAGAUCCUUUGGUAACCAUUCCACCAUACAGUCAAACAGUCUGAUAACUAGGUAGGGUUUAAUGUUGGGUUAGGGGAAGGGGUAGCCACACAGCUGCUCAGAUACUGACAUACUGAUCCAAUUUUUGACAUUUCCCUUUGAAGAGAAGAUUGCUGAAGCUGGUCGUAAGUACACAGCUCUCAAAAAUGAACUUCAUAUGGCUGGCUCUCUUAAAGUAGGACCCAGCCUCAGCACUCUGGCAACAUCAAAAAAAGUGACACUUGCACCUGAACCCAGCAAAAAGGUCAAGGUCAAGAGAAAGAAGAAGGUCAAUCAUCUCAAGUUUGCCUUUGGGGAAUUUUAUCUUAGCUUAGUUCUUCUACAAAAUUAUCAGGUAAACAUUUACACAAGAAACUACUUUUAACUCACAGUUUUGGGGUUCUGUGUAAGCUUUAUGAACAUUAGAAACUAUGAACAUUAGAAACUACUCAGGAAGUUAUUAUGAGGGCUUCAUUUACUGCAAGAUAAUUUUUUUUGGAAAUAUUUCUUUUACCCUAUAACACCCAAGAUCUGACUGUUAAUCCUCCCUAUUUCCAAGUAAAUUAGUGUAAACUGGAGUUAGAUCAAGGUAACAACUUCUACCUGUUAGUGAUAAGUUUCAAUGUUGUCAUUACCCAUUUACUUGAUAUUGUUCAAAAAGACAUUUAGAUAAUAAACAGAUGCUAUAGGGUGAAGUUACAUGUCAAUCACUAAGGUUGAGAAGAAAUCAAAGUUGUUUUUGACUAUUUCUGCCACUUUGCCUAUUUUUUUGUCCUUUCUAUCCCUACUUACUCUUUUGAAAGCUGGUCAAAGCACAACACUCCAAGGUAUUAUGGUCUCAUAUUUUGUAUGAUCUCUUGACCCUGUUUGGUAAAAUUAUGUUUCAGUUAAACAAUUAUUGCAAGUACCUAAUUUCCUUUUUUAAGAGUUCAUGGGUUUUCAUUAUCUUUUUUAUUGUUUUAUUAUCUUUUAUGGGUUGAUUGAUAUUGUUCAAAAAGACAUAUGCUUACUGAUUUGUGUUAUAUUUGACAUUAUGUUUUUUUUUUUUUUUUGGUUUACUAACUAAUGGGACACCUUUGAAUAAGCUGAGGUGAUGACACCAAAAUGUCACUAAGCACUUUGAUCAUGUUUGAUAAGCAUACUUUCAUUCAACUUUCAGCAACUUAAUUUUACUGGAUUUAGGAAAAUUCUCAAGAAACAUGAUAAGGUACUGAACAUUCACUAGACUCUUCUCUUUGAAGAGCCUAUAGGGCUACACACCAAAACAUCUAAUAAGAUAUAUAUUUUAAUUAAUAAUACAAUAGUAUGUAUAUAUAUAUAUAAAUAUAUAUAAAUAUUUUAAGAGGAAAAAAGGAGGCAACUACAUUUACCCGACAGGCCUGUUUCAUGAAUUGCUUCACUCUUCAGGGGUUUAAUGAAAGAAUAUUCAUGUGAGUAUCGUGUAUAUACUAGGAAAAUUUACAUAAUACACGGUAAACUUAAAAACUUUAAAGUUCAGCUGUUGUGUAGCAAUGCUUUGUUGCUUUUUUUUUAAGUUUUUAAGUUUACUGCGUAUCAUGUAAAUUUUCCUAGUAAAUACACGAUAGUCACAUGAAUAUUCUUUCAUUAAACCCCUGAAGAGUGAAGCGAUUCACAAAACAGGCUUGCUGGGUAAAUGUGGUUGCAUCCUUUUUUCCUCUUAAAAUAUUUAUUCUACUCUGCCUCAACGUAUUGAGCACUGUUCCACACAAAAAUCGACUUGCAGACUCCCUAUAUAUAUAUCUAUCUAUCUAUCUUAUUUGAAGGUAAUCAAAUCAGAGAAAACAAGUGGAUAUAUUUAGAGGCAAAUCAUUUAUCCUUUUUCCUUGUCAUUUCCUUCUUUUUUUUUAACUUGUGUCAUUUCUAGCUAUUUGAAACUACUAAUGGUGCUGAGUACAGGAAAGAAAAAGUGGAGGUGGCUGAUUUCUUUGUUAAUAAACAUGUAGAUGAGCUUAUUCUAAACACUGAGGUGAGAGUUUGAGUACUUGUUGUAUUAUUCUCCUCAGAGCACUUAAUUUAGCAGUCUCAAGAAUAUAAAUUUUAAUAAUUUCCCAUUAUUAAAACUUUAAACAAGAGUUCUUUGUAUUAAAAAAUAACCUGUGUUUGGAGAUCAAGUUCUGUCGAAUUUGCUUAUUUUGUUUUGCCAUAAAUUUUCAGGAAUUAUAUAUAUCUGAACUUGAGGAUGGAAACCGCUCUAAAGCCAUGAACAGAUUGAGAGUUCCUCCUUUGGCAGAGGAACUUAGGGUAAGUUAUGUUACACACAACGCAAUGUCCAUUGUUGUGUUUGUGACUUUAAAUGUAUCUUAACUUUUUCUUGACUAAGACUCUAUUACAUUCUUGAAAUUAUGAAAAAGAGGAAAUGAUACAAAUUGCUGUGCUAGCAAAACAUCAGGUUUUGAAACAGGGGAUAACUGUUAAAAGAUGUAGUGGAACUGUUAGUGUGAGGAUAGUCCUGAAAACAAGUGAUAUUGGUGAAAGUGAUGAACCUUUCACAACCUGAGCAGAAGGCAUCAUCAGAGUCAAGGUACUUGACACUGAUCAUGCCUUGCACUAUGGUUGUGAGAACAUGUUCUAUACAAUCAAGCAUCAAAAGAGCAGUAAAAGGGAGAUUUGUCAUAUUCUCAAUGGUAUUGUGAUGUACCUUUUAACCAUAUUCCCACCCCACCCCCCCCAACUUAAUUUGUUAGUCACUGAAUCUACCCCAUAUUUGCUCUUUCUUUUAUAUUUUACCUGCUUAGACAAAGCUUUCAUUAAGAGAGGAAAUGACUGUUGUGGAUCUCUUUUUUUUUCCUUCCCUAGCAUGGAAACUGGGUUUCAUUUCGAGUGGGAUUCUUAGCUGGUCUCUUCCUGAUGCUUAUUUCCGUUGCUACAGUUACGGGUAAGAGUUCAUAAUGCAACUUUCAAGAGAUGUAAUACUCCCUAUUACAUACAGAGCCUUAUAUCAAAUCAGGUUUACUUUUGACUCUUUCAUUCAAAACCUUCCUUAAAAAAUAAAUUUUUAGGAGACGAUUUCAUACAAAACUUUCCUGAAAAACUGUCUUGAUAUUGUUUUCUCCAGCUUUCUUUACAGAUCACAGUGGAGAGUUUGACAUUGCCAUACGUAUCUACCGCGGAGUUUUCCUAUUUGUGUUAGUCACUUUUCUUUUGGCCGUGAAUACCUGGGGCUGGCGCCAAGCUGGUGUUAAUCACGUGCUCAUAUUUGAACUUGACCCACGUGACCACCUCAGUUACCAACAUCUGUUAGAGGUAGAGUAAGCUUUCUGAAAUCAUUACAUUUCUGACGUCUGGCUCAAAUCCUGUUCGACGCAAGCAAUUUUGCGCCUUUACCCAAUAGAACAUCAAAUCUCAUUUACUCCUGUUAGGGAUAGAGUAGUAAAAAGAGAAUUCCAAGGCUUUUUAAAAUCAUUAUGUUUCUGCCAUGUCCCUGAAGCCCUCCUGGUCGACAUAAACAAGUUUGUGAAUAAAGGGGUAAGUUUCUAAAGAAACUGUGGUGCUGCGUCGGUGGGAGAGUAUAGCAGGUAAUUUAGUGUUAACAACUGGGUUGAAAACGUAAAUUAGCCACCGUAAAGGGUAAAAAAGCUUCGUCAUUAGCGAUUAGCUAAUCACUAAUGACGUAGGGCUAACGCUCGAAACGUCAGCUUUUUUACCCUUUACGGUGGCUAAUUUACGUUUUCAACCCAGUUGUUAACACUAAAUUACCUGAUAAACAAGUUUGUGGCUUGACCCACAUAGAGCACUAACUGCCAUCUACUCCACCUAAGAAACAAUUGUUCGCUGUACGUUUCACAAAAUUCUCACUUUUAAAAGAAAUUACUGAAUUACAAAAUAAUCGAGUUAGUCAAAGGAAUGUACUCUGUAAAAGGAGGAGGAAGAGUUAGGGGACAAAAUAAUCGCUCACAGACAAUCUUAGUCAACCGCCAUUGCAAUAAAAUGUGCUGGCAAAUGCCAUCCUGUUCAAUUUAUUUUCUUAGUUCUCAAGGAUGGCGUCGCCCUGCGUUAUUGUUGAGUUAGAGAACUGAUAAUUGGCCCUUUCCUCUCACACAAACGUUUCUUACCAUUUCAGGUUGCGCUGUUGCUGGGUGUCCUGUGGGCCAUCAGUCUUGUGGUAUUCAUGUUUAGUCACAAGAUAGGAAUAGAAUCCUUCUCUCCCAAUUUGGUUCUAGUGUCGUUCCUAUUCUUGUUCACGAUCAAUCCGUUCAAAAUCUGCUAUUACAAAGCACGCUUCUGGCUUCUUAGAGUUCUGGUGAGUUAAGGCAAAUUUUUUUCAUCGUUCAGAGUGCAAAUGUAGCUUUAUUCAUUGGGAAUUUAAUCGAAGAUUCCAGCUUUAAUGUCAAGUUCAUUCUCGCUCUUGUUCACUUCUCCUCUUUUGUUAGGUAAUAAAGUGAGGGCUUGGGCUAGGGUUGGGAACAUUUAGUUUGAAAAUUUUUCAUAACUGAUCGCAUAAAGGUCGCGCCAUGACACGUUAGGUCAAAGGUUUCUUAUGAAGGUGCGACCUUUGCAGAGUUGCCAACGUCUGAAAACUGAAAUCUAGGGACGUCUGAUUACGGUUCACUUCCAUACUCUCCAGCCACCUAUAGAUUUGUUAAUUGGCCAAUCGCUUCAGUCUAUCCCCACAAACCAAAAGUCGCCAAAUUGAGGCACGUGAUUCAAAAUCAAAAUAAAUUUGCAAAAAUACAGCAUCCCUCGGAAAGGAAAACUUAACCCAUUUUAAUGAAGUUAUCUGAAUGGUAACAUUUUAUUAUUUGUUCUCUUUAAAGUUUCGCAUUUUUACUGCUCCUUUUCAACACGUGGGAUUCGCCGAUUUCUGGCUGGCAGAUCAACUUAACAGUUUAGCUGUGGCACUCCUUGAUUUCCAGUUCAUUAUUUGUUUCUACGCUCAUGACUGGCACGUGACUAACUGUGAGUGUAGUUGUUAUAUAAUAUAUUUUUGUAUCUUGAAAUGUCCACUCUUUCUCCAAAAUAAAUUUAAUGUCAGUCCUCUUUUCAAUGUCCCCAAAAGCUGUUCCAGUCAUUCUAAAGGGCAAUGAUGAAAGCUAUUUUUACAACUAAUUGGCUAACGUCUUCACGGGCUCAAUGACUUACAUCUGCUGAAGAUCAUUCCAGGUUCUUAUUGAGUUAUAAAGUGAUAUGGAGUAUUUCUUUACCAUUUGGAUGGAGGUCUAGGAAAUUCCAGGUUAAUGACAAUCCAGAAUUUUUGUAUUUUCUCUUCGUUAUUUCUCGUGAGUUGACAGAGGCACUGAGGUCAAGGUGCUCCAGAACGCAACGCGGUAACCAAGCCUGCCCUUAAAAACGGAAGGUUGGUGGUGGAAUUGAGCGUGCCCAUAAAGAGGUUGCUAAUUCUGGCACUCCUUCAAAGAGAAGCGCUUUGUUGUCCUCGUUUUAUAACGAAUUACUCCGCAUAUAUGUGCAUAUAUAUUUUAUUUCAGCGGAAGAUAUGAUUUGUGAUGGUACAUUAUAUGGUAUCCGUCCUCUCGUUGCCUGCCUACCUGCCUGGUUCCGUUUUGCUCAGUGCUUGAGGCGGUACAGGGACACCAAACACGCCUUUCCACAUCUUGUUAACGCUGGCAAGUACUCCACAUCAUUCUUCGUGGUGGCGUUUUCUACGCUUGGUAAGGGCGUUUUUCUUCUUGUUGUGAUGGGUAUAAAAUGUAUUCUUUUUCGCUGACUUGCGGCUGCAAGCAGGGGCUUGGAGUAUAAAGAGCACAGCUAGCGGAAAUUCAAUCAGAACUUAAAAUAUUGGCAGCUGUUACCGCUUAGUGGGUUAAGAGGCAUCUGCGGGGAACGCUAUCACCUGAUGCAAAUCAACAAGAAAUAUGGGGUAUGAAAAAGUCUUCUUACCCUGUGAUUGAUUCCUGCAACAUGAAACGACCAGGAUUAUUGCUUCUCCUUCGGGAUUGAAUGCUAAUCCAUCAAUCGUCGUCCACAGUGACUAUCUCGUCUGGUUUUCUUGGCGGUUCACAUUUUUACCUCGUGUGGAGAGUCAGUGGGAGUUUAGUGUGUGGCCAGGAACACAACACAAUGAACCAGGCCUGAUGUCGAGCCCGGAUUAUUUGAUCCGGGUCAAGUCUGUGGAAAGUAAACACUGAACCACCGUGUCUCGGAAUAAUGAAGGAGGGUAUAGUUACUUUCGUUGAUCACGGAGAUAAAUCGUCUAUUAAAGCAAAGAAUGUGCAUCUAAAGCAAAAUAACGUGAAUUUCGUGAGAGAGGUUUUUAGGUUGUGUAUGAUAGUAGAUAUUUUCUUUUCACAGCCAAAUCAGACUCUGUUCGGUCUGAUCAUUUUUUCAUGCUCUGGAUCAUUGCUGCUAUUAUCAGCACGUGUUACACCCUGACCUGGGACAUCAAGAUGGACUGGGGCCUACUAGAUAAAAAGUCCGGCGAAAAUAUAUUUCUUAGAGAGGAAACGGUUUAUAGAUCCAAGGUGAGUUGGAGAUUUCUCAAUUGGGUGUAUGGAUGCAGGAUAGAACAUCAGCAACGAUGGCUCCUUAUCACGGACUGUAACCAUUCACUUCAAAGAUCUUGAUUAAAAUUCUUCCUUUCUUUUCUGUUAAAACACCAUUUACUCGAUGUAUUUGUGAUUCUCAUCACCUGUUUUUUUCUGAUAGCGUGGUGAUAUUGUUAGGAAAAAUUACGUAUUGGUCAAUCAUAGAGUGAAAGGGUGGAAAGAAACAUGCUAUAGACUUAGUAGGGAUCGAUGAUAAACCGAAACGAAUCUACUAAGACUGUUGUGAUCCAUGUCAUUCAAGUUGUAACUACUUGAUUCCAAGGUCUAUAUAAUUUUUGCCGCUUUCUGAACAAGAAAUGAAAGGAAGCAUUGACACAGAAGAAACUUACAUUGUACUUAGUCAUCGGCUGAAGCCUCAUGGCAAGCUUAAUAUCUACUGUUUCGUUUUUCCUUUUAGGUAUUUUACUACUUCGCUAUGGUGGAGGACUUGAUUUUCCGGUUGUUAUGGACGCUAACAGUCUCUGUAGGAGAACUAGAAAUAUUUCAUUCUGAGAUUCUGAAGCUUAUUUUAUCAGUGUGCGAAGUAUUUAGGUAAGUCAAAUGGUAAUUUUGUGCAAAAUGAAACAAACAAAUAUCAAUCCUGAUUGAUUGACUUUUUUCCCAACAUCAAAGUUUGCCUGACUCUAUUUUCUCCUUCCACCUUCCCAUCAUGCACUGUACACUUCACUCAAUCGGCGUCCAAUACUUCUUUCCCUUUCCCCAAUGCUGCACUUUUACGUUAUCCCUUUAUAAUCCAUUUCCUACCUUUACUGCGUGUGACUUAGUGCGUUAAUGGCGCCGAUGUUUGACACACCACUAUCAUUUCCAUAUACCGGCUGUGGUGACUCAUUAUUGUUUUUUCUUUCGGUAAAUGAAGUGCGAACCACAGCAUUACAAAAAACAACCAGUGGGUAAAGUUUUUGCGUGAAAAUGUAACGUCAUGUGUUAUUGUAAGACGAAUUUCCAGUUGCUGAAAGGAAACCUUGAAAGUAAUACUAUGCGAAGAUAGACAUAACGGGGUUGAUGAACUGGAAAGGAACUAGGACCGUAAAGAUGACGAAUAUUAAUGUGUAUUUCUAAUUAAAAAUUAGAAAGAUGAAAGGAGUUUUUUCAAAAUUCACGAACAAUGAAGUGUCUGCUUCAAGGCAGUGUUUUUCUCAAAUUCCUAUGUUUCAGGCGUUUUAUUUGGAAUUUCUUCCGUCUCGAGAACGAGCACUUAAACAACUGCGGUCAGUUUCGUGCGGUGCGUGACAUUUCUGUUGUUCCCAUGGAAACUGAUGACCAGGCGUUCCUAGAACAAAUGAUGGACGACAUGGAUGGACUGGUUCCAACCAAAAGAACUGGUCAGCGGAGAAGGAAAUCUUCCGUGAUGACGAAGUCAAUUAAAAAAAUAUCCUCAAAGACUGAUGGGGUUGUUUUAAAAAGAGACACUGAAGUAAUUAUUGAGAAUGAAACAGUGACGAGCCUUUGAUCACUGUUGAGAGUAGAGAAGGACACUUUAUGUUAUCUCAAAGGAAGGGAUAUUUACAAAUUGAAAAUUAUUGAAAUUAUUUUCUUAGUGAUAUAUUUUUCGUUGCCUGGAGACAAGGCUAAUUCUAAUCAAUAGUGCUUUGUGGUGGUUUUUGGAAGAGAGUUAAAUCAAGCUAAUCAUAGCAAUACUACGAGUCAGGUCAAGCGCCUGGAAAGAUACAAGAAUAAACUAAAAAGAAAACAAGGGUAGUUAAGUACGAGGAAAAUUAACCCCUUCACUCCCAAGAUCUCAUAAGUAAUUCUCCCUAAUAUCUGUCAUGCAAUUUUUAUGAUGUAAGUAUGGAAAAUUUGGUAUUGGAGCAAUAAUCUCCAGAUCAAUUUUUUCAUUCUUAUCACCUUUCUGCUUGACAUUGUGUCGAUAAUGUAAAGAGAGAUUGUCUUGGUCGCUCGUGGGAGUUCAAGGGUUAACGAUCGUUACACAUGAUGAACAAGAAUUAUUUAAGCCAAAUUUUUCAUGGUGGAUAAACCGUGAAGCAGCUUCCAUUACUACAUGUCUUAUGAAUGUUCCCAAUUCUGUCGAGUCCAAUAAGCAACAUGUAUGGAUUUCUAAUUUAUUAUUAUCAAAUUAUCUUUUUCUACGCCAUUAAUUAUAAAUGCAUGGAGCAGGGUCAUUAAAUUAUGCAUAAAGAUAAAGGAAUAAUCGUGAAAAACUUACUCACCAAGGGAGACUAGUAAAAAGUUGGCUGUAUGAGAGAUUUAUUUUAAUCGUGGUGAUAAAAUCCAUUAUUUGUCGUACGUUAUACUGAAAAAUUUCACAAUCGCUUUUAAUACAAAUGUUAUGUACAUCAUUGCCGUCCAGCAAUGAAUCAAGUUAUUAUUACAUUCUUAAAUGAGAUUUAAGAACAAAUUCGACACAUCAAAAAGGGCUGGAGAUUGAGAGCGGUUUAUUUUUAAUCGGAGAAAAUUAAAAAGCAAAAAAAUUAAUUCAGG